UCAGUGGUGUGGUGGUGUGUGUUCUCCAUUCGGUGAAUUUCAAUUACCUAUCUAAAUUUUGUAUGGCGAAUUAUUAGCUUAAGUUCAAGCUUUAUCUGCAAAUGGGUUUCCUGAAAUAGGAUACAAUGAUAGAUCAAAGUAGAAGCUACAAAUUUUAUGAGGUUUAAAUUGUUUACCCGUGGUUUCCUGUACGUUAGGCGAAAAGUGCCGAAGAUGUCUUUCACGGAGUCUCCAGCGAAAGCUUCAUUAUGCUGCGAGGAGAAUGCGGAGGGUGCUCCGCCAACGUAUGCCAUGUACGAAGCAUUGAAAGAUUCCUGCCAAAAUAACGCCACGUACUUUCAGCCUGACGAUAGUGAAAAUGGCCAGAGACUCUACCAAGGGUUCAUGACUUUGAUAGACCAUAUAGACACUGUCUGGCCUUUGGUGGAUCAUGUGAGAAAGGUGGCACCACAGUACGAUUUUGACAACAAGUCUCCAGGCAAUGGGUAUCGCAGCUUUGUUUCAGUAGUAGACUCCUGUGUCCUACAUGGCUUGAAACUAAGCCGGCAAGUUUGCACAGGUCGAGAUGCGCUUCUCUUCCGAAAAAGUUAUUUUGUCAAGGAAAUUGAAUCAUGUGGGCAGUUGCUGGCAUCCCUGGGCACCUGUCUCCACCACCUCCACACUCUGUUGUCCUGGUCACCGCCGGGGGAUCUGUUCCCGACAGAACCACACUCCCCAGAGGAACUGUUUGCCCAAGCUGAUACCAUCAACCAAUAUUGUUUUUAUGGCAGAUGUCUGGGAUUUCAGUUCCUACCAUCAAUGCGCGGCAUACUAAAAGGCAUAUCGAUAUGCAUGGCGGGGUUCUCGGAAGCAUACUACAGCCACGGGAACCUGAUCAGCUCGGUCUGGACCGGCGGCCAGUACCUCAUAGACCCUGAGAUGAGAGCCAGAAGGAUCGUCAACAUAUCCCAGUCGGCCAGCGUGGAGUUCUGCAAGGCGUUCUGGUUUCUGGCUGAGAGUGAAAUUAUGAAACGAGUGCCCAGCCUCAUGUCGUCUACAGUGGCCGUCAACAAACUCAUAACAAUUCCGCCUGAACCCAUCACAGUGUUGACAACAGAAGGGAAGGAAACCACUGUCCUGCCGCCCACUGUACAUAUAGGCUUGCAAGGGCUGAACGUGCGGCUGAUCAGCGUCAAUAAGAGAAUGGGGAUGACUGGCGAAGGCGUAUCAACCCUACCGCCGUCGGAAGGCGUGAUCUUCCACUGCCACGGCGGCGGCUUCGUGGCGCAGAGCUCGAAGUCCCACGAGACUUAUCUGAGAGAGUGGGCCGCCAAACUGAACGUGCCGAUACUGUCCGUGGACUACAGUUUGGCCCCGCAAGCGCCCUUCCCCAGGGCCUUGGAAGAAGUCUAUUACGCGUAUUGCUGGAUGAUCAACAAUUUCAAAGAGAUUGGUACUACUGGUAAAAGGAUAGUGUUCGCCGGCGACUCGGCGGGGGCGAAUCUCAUUGCGGGCUGCACGCUAAAGAUACUAUCGUCAGGGCUGCGAACUCCCGAAGGGUUGUUCAUGGCGUAUGCCCCUCUACUGGUCAGCUUCAUCCCCAGCCCGGCGCGGCUGCUGUGCCUCAUGGACCCGCUGCUGCCCUUCGGCUUCAUGAUGAGGUGUCUCAAGGCGUACGCCAGCCCUAAUACGACCGGGAAAAGCAAAGAUGAAAAACCUAAGGAAAAUCCGAACAAUGCUGUUGUGUCCAGCGCCACAACGCCUUUGGAUAGCAACGGUUUCCUUAAAGUUAGCCCCACACAAGAGGGCGUCAGCGAAGGCCCAUCGUCAUUCGAAGAAGUGUCCCCAUCAGACCUAGCGGAGCUCCACGCGCACAAGUCGGGCAGCGAACGCAGGAAAUCCUCAGACACCACCAUCAGUGCCGCCUCACUUCAAAGCGAACACACGCAAACUGGUGUGACGCCAACGGAGGACAAGUCCCAGCAGUACGUGUCGGACUUCCUGGAGCGUUACGUGCUGGACAGCGACACGGACUCCGAGGGCCGCCGCAUCCCCGUCAUCAAGCCCAACCGCCACGUAUGCUGCAAACCCGUUGACACCAACAGUUAUAGGGACAUAGAAUCUGAAAACUCCAGUACUCUAGUUGGUGAACCGCCGUUGGUUGAAGACCUCGACAAUAAAGAUAGUAAAAAGCGAAUAAAAACCAGGAUAAGUGAAGCGACGACCGGCAUAAUGGCGGCGAUGUCGUCCCGCCUCGCCUACAUCACCGGCUCCAACUCAAUCUCCCGCCCCACGCAGGAAGAGCUGGCGGUGCGCUCGAACCUGGACGCGCUGAUCGCGCGCAGCCCGUCGGACGAGUUCAUAUUCUCAGUGCCGCGUGAGCCGCUGCUGUCGCCCUACUGGGCCGACGACCAGUUGCUCAACAAGUUCCCGCCCGUCAAGAUCCUGACGGUGCAUUUAGAUCCAUGUCUAGACGACUGCGUGAUGUUCGCCAGGAAACUGAAGCGGCUGGGGAAUGUCGUCGGUAUUGACGUGUUGGAGGGCCUGCCGCACGGGUUCCUCAACUUCUCACUGAUGGCUAGAGAAGCGAACGAAGGAUCGAAUCUAUGCGUGGAGAGGAUAAAGCAGCUGCUCGACCUGGAGAGCGCGCCCGUCGCCGACAACAGCCAGUUAUGAAUGUGCGGGUUCUGCUGCCACACCUACACUGCUUGAUGGCCCGCCAACCCUGGCGCCCAUACUAUGCGGCCGAACACGUGGAAAUGGACAGCGAAUAAGACAUUUCUGCCCAAUAUUCCUCAGAAAAAACGCCGAACCGAGAUAAUUUGACCAUUUGACCGGAUAAAAUAUAAAAUACAUGAAGGUAUUUAAAUGAUCAAACACGAUAAUCCAAAUGUCACUUUAAUUGAUUAGUUUUGUUAAUUACGACGUUUACUCUAUUUUAGGUCUCUUCGGAUUGCUUUUUGACUCUAAAAUCCAUGGCGUCACAAUACAUUACUGUCAAAUGCGAGUCACACAAUUUUUUUUGCUUUUGACCUUAAAAAAAGUGUCUCAUUUGACUAGUUGGAGAUUAGCCAAUAGGAUGCUUUUCAAUCAUCUGAAACGUUUUUUUUUUUCUUUUGGUAAUUUUUUACACACGUCAGGUAUCAAAAACCCCUGGCUCUUCUCUCCAAUAAUUUCUCUAGAAAGUUCUACUGUUAUUAAAAAUAAUGUGAUUACGGAAUUGAUCUAGCCGGUAAUUUACUUUUUUAAUUUACAUAUCACUUUUUUUUGUAUUAACAAUUUAACAUCACAAAAUAUAAAUCGUUAUUUUUAUAGCAUAGUAAAGAAUAUGCAUUAUACACGCUGAUAUGUUUAAAAAUUUACUGUCCAUUGUUUUUUUUUUCUUUAUAUAAAGGCAUCCUGAAUGACAUUUUAACAAAACAUGUGUUGUGAUAUCAUAAAUCUCAGUAUUAAACGGUUGGUAAUACUCAGUUACAUCCAUAAGCGAUUAAAAAGCUACAUUUAUGUGUAUGUUAAUUUAUUUAAACUAAAAUUAUACACGAUAUCAAAGAGAAUGUAAUCACUUUCGCCCGCGGCUCUACCCGCAUCAAUUUCCAACAGUACCAGUUAAUCUACCUCUCCUUCUCCGUACUUCAAAAUAUAUGUAUGAAAAAUUUGAGCGUUAAGAAGAAAUAAACAAGCAAACUUACAUUCGCAUUUAUAGUGUUAGUUACGAUGGAUUAGGAACUCUAUUUGUACGUGAGGUCGCAUACAUAUUUGUCUUACGUGUCGUAUUGUGAUGCAUUCUGCCGAGGGGUAUUGCAUCACAACAGAUCGCAUCAGAUAAAUGUGAAUGUCUAACGAAUACUAGCGAAUACUAGCGAUACAGUUCCGAUGCAUCACGACAUAAAAUGCGGCUUUUAGUUUCUUAAAUUGUGCCACUGUGCUGCGUUAGUUUAGUAUUUAACAAAAGGACGUGGACAUGUAUUUAAAUAUUCACCUUAAAAAUCAUAAUCUUUGCACAUUGCAAAUUAAUUAUUUUGUAAAUCAUAAAUUACAUAAAUCAUGUCUAAUCUAAUAAUAUACCAAUAUAUUAUUUUUUAUUUUUGAAGUGUCGUGUAAGUUUAUUUCAUUAUAAAGAUAUAUCAAGAUUCAUAUUUCUCAUUAAAAACAAUAGAAUUCUGACAUAAAAUGAUUUACCCUCAUAUACAUAAAAAUGUUAAAUCCUACUUUAAAAUAAAAUAAUAUGUUUUGUCAUGUUUUAUCAAACUUUACAACAGUAAUGUGAAAUAGGAACAAAACACAUUUCAAAUAUUUUAAUUUAAAGUAAGUUUUAACUUUUUUAUAUAAAUAAGAGGGUUAGUAGGUAUUUAGUAAUAAAAAAAUAGUCACUACUCUAAACUUAUAAAUGUUCACUCAGAAAUUGAUUCUUACAGUCUGUCAAGAAAUUCAAUGAGGCCGCUGUUUCCCGUUGGCUGGCAACACUGGGCAUUUAUCAACCAAUCUAUUUGGUAUUGCAAUUGCAAAAAAUGUAGUUCGUCAAAAAUCCGAUUUCUUUUCACUUUCAUGACAUACUGUAUAUCAAUCAGAAUCUCACUACCUACGAUUUUAUAAUUAAAAUAUUCAUUUAUUUAAAUAUACAGCAUUUAAAUGUAACUAAAUUGUUCCUCGAAAGUAUAAUGCCAAAUUUUAAUAAAAUCUGAUCGAUACUCGUCUAAGUUUUAGUACGAGUGAUAAAUGCCAAAAAGCAACUCAAAAUUAUGGUUUUAACCUUUUUUUUCAAUAAAUUGGUAGUUAUUUUAUAAUGAAUUAAUGAAUGCAUGAAUUAAUGUUGUAAUGAUAUGGAUUUGAAUCUCAUAUUUGUUAUAUUCAUCAUGUUUUUGUUCCUUGAAAUUCUUAUACACCGUUUAACUGUGACCAUCGUAAGUGUACCUCCUUGUUGCGGACGUUGUACGCAAUUUUUCCCAGAGUUUGUUUAGUUUAUUUGACGGCUUUAUCAAAAAAAAAAAAAUUCCAAAAAUCCCCUUAGGCGGCCC